GGUAAACUAGCAAUGGAGUUGGAAUCUUGUGUCCCACCCGGCUUCAGGUUCCAUCCCACAGAGGAAGAGCUUGUGGGGUAUUACCUGUCAAGGAAGGUUGCUUCACAAAAGAUUGACAUGGAGGUUAUUCGAGACGUCGAUCUGUACCGAAUAGAGCCAUGGGAUCUCCAAGAUAGGUGCAAGCAUGGUAAUGAAGAACAAACUGAAUGGUACUUCUUCAGCUAUAAAGAUAGAAAGUACCCAAGUGGAACACGCACCAAUAGAGCCACUGCAGCUGGAUUUUGGAAGGCAACAGGCCGAGACAAGCCAGUACUGUCAAAAUCUAGAGUUAUAGGGAUGAGGAAGACCCUUGUGUUCUAUAAAGGGCGUGCUCCAAAUGGGAGGAAAACUGAUUGGAUCAUUCAUGAGUAUCGCCUUCAAUCAAAGGAACGUGGACAGAUUCAGGAGGAAGGAUGGGUUGUAUGCCGAGCAUUUAGAAAACCCAGUCCCAAUCAAAGGCAAUGCUGCAACAAUUACGAUCCCACUUGCUGCAACAAUAUUGACCCCCAAUAUGGACUAGAAUCACUUGUAAACAUUGCUAGUCCAAACCGUUUCAUGGAAUCCUAUCCGGGAGGAUACCUCCAAGAGCAACGUACUGGAUGCGGGGGAGAACUUGAGUCAAAGAACACUCUCCUCCGCCAUGUUCUUGAACUUCCACAACUAGAAAGUCCAAGGUUAUCGACAAGUUUAUCCACUAAGGAAUGCUUUGAAUCUAAUGUUGCGGGUGUCAAAGAGUAUGCUUGCAACAGAAGUGACCGUGAGGGGCAACUAAUCGAUUGGAAGGUCUUGGACAAGUUGCUCUCCUCACAGUUCAAUGAAUCAGCUUCUUCAACUAUGCCAAUUUUUCCAGUGAAUUGUGAUGCAGGUGCUCAAAACCAGGAUCAUUUCCUUGCAUUGUUUGAUAGAUCAAAGUGUUGACUCUUGUUUCAAUGGCUAUAUACGUUGCUAAUAAUAUAAUGCGGCAAGGUCAAGAGCUACUUGAUUUGUAGCUAUUAUUACAUUUCAAGUACUAAGUAGAGAAGCAUUUCAAGUUGUCUGGAGCCCUCUUAGGUUGAAUUUGUUGUGCGUUGUUGUGAGUUGUUCUUUAGUAAAUACGUACUGAUAUCUAUAAAAAGGAAA